CUAGAAUUACAACUUAUAUAUAAAUAGAUAAAUAAAUAACAAUAUCUGAUUUUGGUUUGUAAAAUAAUUAAUAUAACGUAGAGUUGCAGGAUAGUGAUUAUUUCUUGGCACAGCGAAUCUGCCCUUGCUGGAUUCAAACCGUCGCCGCCUUUAUUUCCGCGUUAUUUCCAAGCGUUCCCAUUGAUUGGCGGAGCUCUUCUUGAAGCCUGUCGACAACUUUUCACUCGCAUAUCAUGCUUUUAUCGUUCUAAUGUUGCUCCUGGGGAAGGCAUAUAGCCUCAAGGGUCGAUAACUUGACUAGAUUAUGUUGUAUGUUGUUGGGAAUUGUGAAUUUAGCGGAUUCAGAAAUUGUUAGGCUGGUCCGGCUAACGUAAGUUAGGAAGCUAUCUCUUGGGCCCACUGUGCUUGUCCUAAAUAAAACCAUGGCAGAUGCGAACGAUGGAGAGAGGACAGACGAGAAAGAGUUGAUGGGGGCUACGGGCGGUGAAGAUGUCAUGGAUGAUGUGAUCAUCGAACGGAGUGCCGUUUUACUGAGACAGUAUGUUAUUGAACAAGUAACUGUAGAGGAUCCAUCCAUGCAUGUGCGUCACGAGGAUCUAGGAGGCAGACCUCAGGAUGCAGAUGAUCCUCAAAUCAAAGAUGUUGUAGAUCAGCUUUUGAAGAUAGCCGAUGACCUUAACAAGAAUGCUGAACUUCAAAAUCUCAUCAGCUCUGUGGAAUCAAACUGUGCUCAGGAUGUCUUCAUGACUGUGGCCAGGAGCAUCUUCGAGGAUGGCAUUAACUGGGGACGUGUGGUGGCUCUGUUUCACCUCGCAUAUAGGCUCAUUUACCAGGCUCUGACUCAGAACCACUUUGACAUUAUCAAGAGGAUCAUUAGCUGGGUUUUACAGUUUAUCAGGGAAAACAUUUCUGCCUGGAUCAGACAGCAAGGAGGAUGGGAGGGCAUUUUCCGCAGCGUGUCAAGAUGGCGUACUGUGUCGUGCAUCGCUGCGAUGGCAUUCAUUGUAGCUGUUGUUUACUGGAGAAGAACGCGCUAAUAUAAGUGAAAAAUGUGCCAGAUUCAUUAUUCUUACAAAUGUGAAAACUCGUAUCAAAAGCAAUACUGUUUAUAAAUGGUGCAAUCAUGUGGACCAAUCACAGUUCAUACAGACCAAUCAUGCUUCAUGCCUUGCUAUGGUUAAAGACUAAAACAGAAACAGCCACUCCAAAACACUGACACUGUAGCCUUUUAUGUCAAGUUUUUUUUAAAUGUUCCCAGUCGGCUGUUGUUGUGUCUUGUUUCGAUUUCAAAUGAGUCAAGAAACAUCUUUUGCCUUUAUUUAUUUAAGGGAUGCGUUGCUAUAGUCAAAAAUUUUUAAGACACUGCCCUUUUUGCCCCACCAGUGCCUUUUACUCUGUAAUUACUUUCUGGCUCAGGUAUAUAUUUUUUAAUGUGCCAUAUAACAUACCAGCCCUACCUCAAAUCAGCUAAAUAUCUGAGACGGUUUACCAAAUGUUUUUUAAAUGAUUACAUUAGGAAUAAGGGACAGGGCUGUAAAAAAACAAACAAACAAAACAACACCUUUUUUAAGAAUGCAGUUUAAGAGGUGAAAAUGACUUAAAGGUUAAGCAUGUUAUUGGUGAAAUACAGUGAAUGUGGAAAAUAAUCCUUACACAUCUUGAAUUAAAUAUGACCGUGAAUUA